UCCCGCUCAUCAUGUCCUCCCUCGAAGCCAUCGGCAUCCUCUCCAUCGGCGAGAUGGGCCUGGGAAUUGCCCAGUUGCUCAUCGCCCACAACUACCGCGUGCUGACCUAUGCGUCCGAUCGGAGCGAGGCCACGCAAAAACGGGCCUGGUCGGCAGGCAUCGAACUGCGCCCCUCAAUGCAAGACCUCGUCGACCAGAGCGACGUGCUGCUAUCGAUCGUCCCCCCACGCGAUGCCCGCCUGACGGCCGAACGGGUCAUCGCCGCCUCGUCCGCGCGCCCUGCCGUCCGCGACACCCCCCUCUGGUAUGUCGACCUGAACGCCGUCUCGCCCCAGACGGCCCGCGAGAUCGAGACCCUCUUCACCGCGGCGGGCUCGCAUCUCCGCUUCAUCGACGGCGGCAUCGUCGGCGGUCCGCCCCGCGAGCUCCCCGCCGACGAGUCGCGCGAUCAGCCCGCCUGGCACUGUCCCAGCCUGCUGGUCUCCGGGCCCGAGAAACUGCCCGAUGACGUGCUGGCCCAGACGUUGAACAUCAAGCAUCUGGCGGAUCGCAUCGGCGUGGCGACCGGGCUGAAGAUGUGCUUCGCGUCCUUGACCAAGGGGUUCUUCUCCCUCGCCAUCCAGUCGUUUACCACGGCCCAUGCGCUGGGGGUGUUGCCCGACCUGCGCGCCUUGAUGGAGGAGUAUAACCCCCAGGCGCUGAAGAUGGCCGAGCGGGGCGUCGUGGGGAUGCCCUCCAAGGCGUACCGCUGGGUCGGCGAGAUGAAGGAGAUCGGCGAUACCUUCCGUGAGGACGGGGGGUUUGACAGUGAUCUGUUCUACGCGGUGGCGCAGGUCUACCAGUCGGUCGCGGACGACCCGGUGCUGGGCCUCGAGAAGCCCGGCGAUCGCAAACGGGGGCAGACCGUCGAGGACGUGGUGGAGUGUCUCAACAAGAGCCUGAAGGUGAAGACGGAGUAGGAUGCUGUGUGGUGGGGAGAUAUACGCAUACGCCGGAUGGCAUGACUGGAUGAUAUAUGAAUGAGUUCUGAGCAGUUUCCCAUCAUCUGUGGCGAUAGUGCGUGCACAAUAUUCUGAGCGAGACUACCGAUGAAAUGGAAGAUCAGUGUCAUGGGGUCUGGAACCAUGUCAAUUCAGG